AUGGGGGAUGUGGCAGAUGAGUCAAGGCCUCAUCUCUGUGGGGUCCUGCAGCACAGAGGCUGCUGGGCUCAUGGAGGCAAAGCUGGGGACAAGUUGCAGGUCCCCUUCACCAAGCUGGGCCAUCUGCUCAAGUACCUGAAAGUCAAGUUCCUGGAAGAGAUCUGUCGCCUCUCCCUGCAAAAUGAGGUUUUGAAGAUAAGACCUGUGAAGAAGCAGAUCUGUGCUGACCGGCAGACUGGGAUCAAAGUGUUUGUGGUUAUCAGGGACUGCAGUGGUCAUGUGUGUUUGAGUGCGAGGUUCUCCAAGGAGGUCACUGCCAACACCCAAGAGGCCAUCACCCUGGCCAUGCUCUCAUUAGCCCUGUGUAGAUCACCACUCCCACAAGCCCCUCACCAUCCUUUGCAAGAUGGCGGGCACUGCAGCUCUGCACUGGUGAACCUCAUCCUCGCCUGCAGAGGAACUGGCACUGACUCAGCUCCUGUGCCCAAGAAGCUGCUGCUGAUGGCUGGCGUUGAGGAGUGCUACACCUCUGCCAGGGGCUACUCUGCCACUCUGGGCAACCUUGCCAAAGUUGCUUGUAUUAGUUAA